CUACGUCUUUUUUCAUACACGACUAGAGCGUUACUGCCUGGAAAGAAGAGCUCGAAGGCCAAAAUUUUUUUUCACUGUAUUAUCAGGCGGCUUCGACGAAUUCCAAUUUACACAGCGUCCGUUUUUAUAUUUCGCAUAACCUUAUUGUCUUUACCAGACUACACUUGCAGCCAUGGGAAAGAAGAAGGGAAACAAGAAGGGAGGAUACGACGAAGAUAUCUGGGCUGAUGAUCUCGUAGAGGAUCCCAUUGAGACAGCCAUGGCCAACACUGCCGAGGACGAAGACAUGGGCGGCGGCGGCGGCCUGAUGAACAUGAUCUCGCGGGCAAAGAAGAACAAGAAGAGCAAGAAGAGUGCUCCCACACCAUCGGCGAGGAGGAAGAGGAAGGAGGAGGAGGAGCCCACGCCAGCCGAGACACCAGCCGCUGCUUCUGAAGACGAGCCGGAUGUCCCGCAGAUGGCGUCGAAAAAGAACAAGAAAAAGAAGAAGGGCAAGGGCGGAGCCUCCACACCACAGCCGAUCGAUCUUGCCGACGAGCCCACUGACGAGCCAGUGGUUGUCAUCAAGACGGCCAAGCAGAAGGAGCGCGAGAAGAAGGAGCGCGCCAAGCUGCUGAAGAAGCAGAAGGCCGAGGAGGCCAAGGCCAAGAAGGAGGCAGAGCUGCGCGAGCUCGAGGCUACCCUGGGCACUGCCAAGAUCGACGACGACAAGCCUGCUGAGGACGACGCUGCUGAGGGCGGUGCCAGCAAGAAGAACAAGAAGAACAAGAAAAAGAAGGGGAAGAAGGGCGGUGAUGACGAGGACGAGGAGGCUGCCGCACCUGCCCCGGCGUCUGCCCCGACGAAGAAGGAGAAGGAGAAGGGUGGCAAGAAGAAGAAGGGUGCGCCGAUCGCGGCUCUGCAGAAGAUGGUCGAAGAGCAGCGGAGGCGUGAGGAGGAGAUGCGCAAGGCCCAUGAGGAGGAGAUGCGGCGAAUUGAGGAGGAAGAGCGCCGGAUUGCCGAGGAGGAGGCUCGUCUGGAAGCUGAGCGCGAGGCCAAGCGCGAGGCCGACCGUUUGCGUCGUGAGCAGCUGAAGAAGGAGGGCAAGCUGCUGACCAAGAAGCAGAAGGAGGCCAAGGCGCGUCAGGAGCAGGCGCUCAAGGCGCUGAUGGCAUCUGGUGCCCAGGUCGCUGGUCUGGCGGAGCGGGAGGGCAGUGGCGAUGCUGGUGCCAAGAGCGGCGGCCGUCGUGGCGGCCAUCGCGAGGCUGAGGAGCGCAAGCGCCGUGCUGCCGAGCGCAAGAAGAAGGAGGAGGAGGAAGAGCGCAAGCGCAAGGAGGAGGAGGAGGCUGCUCGUAAGAAGGCUGAGGAGGAGGCCGAGGAAGAGAGUGAUGGUGAUGCUGGCGAUGACUGGGAGGCAUUGCUUGAAAGGCCUCUGACGACGAGGACGACGACGAUCAAGGACAGCUGGGACCAGUCGUCUGAUGAGGAGGAGGAAGAGGAAAAGAAGCCUGCCCCUAAGGCUGCCCCUGCCGCCAAGGGCAAGGCUCCGGCUAAGCCUGCCGAGUCGGAGAGCGAGAGCGAGAGCGAGAGCGACAGUGAAUCCGACUCUGACGAUUCGUCGGACUACAGCUCGUCUGAGGAGGAGAUGACUGCCGCUGAGCGCCAGGCGUAUGAGCGUAAGCAGGCUGCUGCUGCUCGUCGCCAGCAGCGCAUGAAGGAUGCCAUGGCUGCCCGGUCCGCCGAUGACUUGCGUUCGCCCAUCUGCUGUAUUCUUGGACACCUGCUCGACAAGAUCCGCCAGACCAACGUCCAGGAGGGCGAAGCUGGCGGUAUCACCCAGCAGAUCGGUGCUACCUACUUCCCGGCCGAUGCCAUCAAGCAGAAGACCGCAGCCAUCAACACCAAGGGCAAGCUGGAGAUCAACGUGCCUGGCCUGCUCAUCAUCGAUACCCCGGGACACGAGUCGUUUACCAACCUGCGUUCGCGUGGUUCGUCGCUGUGUAACAUUGCGAUCCUGGUCGUCGAUAUCAUGCACGGUCUCGAGCCCCAGACUCUCGAGUCGCUGCGCCUGCUGCGUGACCGCAAGACGCCCUUCAUUGUCGCUCUGAACAAGGUCGACCGCAUCUACGACUGGAAGCCCAUCCCCAACAGCCCGUUCCGUGACAGUCUUAAGAGCCAGCCCCAGCACUCGCAGCGCGAGACACAAUCACCGCUUUUCGCCGAGCAGGGACUCAACGCACGCGUCUACUAUGAGAACCCGAAGAUGACCAAGUACGUGUCGCUGGUGCCCACGGUAUUCCCGACAUUCUCGGUCCUGCUCGUUGGCCUGACACAGACCCACAUGUCCGACAAGCUCAUGUAUCUGUCCGAGCUCGAGUGCACUGUGCUUGAGGUCAAGGUUGUUGAGGGUCUUGGAACCACCAUUGACGUCGUCCUGUCCAACGGUGUUCUUCAUGAGGGCGACCGGAUCGUCGUGUGCGGCUUGGACGGCCCCAUCGUCACCAACGUGCGUGCACUGCUCACACCCCAGCCCAUGCGUGAGCUGCGUGUCAAGUCGGCCUACGUCCACCACAAGUCGAUCAAGGCCGCUAUGGGUGUCAAGAUCACUGCGCCGGGUCUCGAGCGCGCCAUCGCUGGUUCGCGCCUGAUGGUUGUUGGUCCUGACGAUGACGAGGAGGAGCUCAUGGACGAGAUCAUGUCGGAUCUCACCUCGCUCAACGACGCCAUCGACAAGUCUGGCCGCGGUGUCUGGGCUCUGCUCGAGUUCCUGCGCGUGUCCAAGAUCCCGGUGUCGGGAAUCAACAUCGGCCCGGUCCACAAGAAGGACGUGACCCGUGCCUCGGCCAUGCUGGAGAAGGCCAAGGAGUUUGCCGUCAUGCUUUGCUUUGAUGUCAAGGUCGACAAGGAGGCUGAGGAGCUGGCCGACGAGUUUGGUGUCAAGCAGAAGCGCAAGGACCAGGCGCCGCAGGCUAUCUUCCCGUGCACGCUCAAGAUGAUCAAGGGCGCCGCUUUCAACAAGCGCGACCCGCUGAUUAUCGGCUGCGACGUCGUUGAGGGCCAGCUGCGCCAGGGGACGCCGGUGUGCGUCGCCAAGUGGGACCCCGAGACCAAGACCCGCGAGAUCAUCAACCUGGGCAAGGUUUCCAGCAUGGAGAUCAACCACAAGCAGGUCGAGGUCGUGCGCAAGGGCGAGUCUGGUGCUGGUGUCGCUGUCCGCAUUGACUGCCCUGUCUAUGACACGCCCAAGAUGUACGGUCGCCACUUCACCGAUGAGGACGAGAUCUACUCGCACAUCACUCGUGGCAGUAUCAACGUACUGAAGGAGAGCUUCCGCAAUGACGUGUCCAAGGAGGAGUGGGCACUGAUUAUCAAGCUCAAGAAGAUCCUCGACAUCAACUAAGCAAGGGUGUGUCUUCGUUACUAUCCUUCUACCACUACCAAUAUCAAUAGCCAAUGGACCAUAUGUUUCG